UUCCCUCCCCGGCGGAGGCGAAGGCGGGGGCAGCAGCAGCAGUGGCGUUGGUGUCCGGCCCAAACCCCUCCCUCCCUGUCUCUCUGCCCGCCUCUCCCUCUCUCUCGGGCGCCUGCCUUCGCGGGAGACUCUCCCGGGGACGCCCGGAAGCGCCGCUUGGGCCUAGAAGGCCUCUCUCCGCCUCAGCCUCCCCUCGAUGGUCGAUCCCAAGCGGGGAGGCCUCCAGAAACAUGGCGGAUCUGUCGCUGCUUCAGGAGGACCUGCAGGAGGAGAUAGACGGAUUUGGUGUGGAUGACUACAGCUCAGAGUCUGAUGCGAUUAUUAUACCUUCAGCCCUGGACUUUGUCUCACAAGAUGAAAUGUUGACGCCUCUGGGAAGAUUGGACAAGUACGCUGCAAGUGAGAAUAUUUUUAAUAGGCAAAUGGUGGCUCGAAGUUUGUUGGACACUUUGAAAGAAGUGAGUGAUGAUGAAAGAGAUUGUAUUGCUGUGUUGGAAAGAGUCAGUAGGCUAGCAGAUGAUUCAGAGCCAACAGUACGAGCAGAGUUAAUGGAACAGGUGCCUCAUAUUGCUAUGUUUUGUCAAGAAAAUAGGCCUUCAAUUCCAUAUGCAUUUUCAAAAUAUUUAUUACCCAUUGUGGUGAGAUACCUUGCAGACCAGAAUAAUCAGGUGAGAAAAACAAGCCAGGCAGCAUUACUUGUUCUUUUAGAACAAGAACUUAUUGAGCGAUAUGAUGUGGAGACCAAAGUAUGUCCAGUUCUGGUAGAAUUGACUGCUCCAGACAGCAAUGAUGAUGUGAAGACAGAAGCUGUGGCAAUAAUGUGUAAAAUGGCAUCCAUGGUAGGAAAGGACAUAACAGAGAGGCUGAUUCUUCCUAGAUUUUGUGAGAUGUGCUGUGAUUGCAGGAUGUUUCAUGUUCGUAAGGUCUGUGCAGCCAAUUUUGGUGAUAUCUGUAGUGUAGUUGGACAGCAAGCCACUGAAGAAAUGCUACUACCUAGGUUUUUUCAGCUUUGUGCUGAUAAUGUGUGGGGAGUACGAAAGGCAUGUGCUGAAUGUUUUAUGGCUGUUUCAUGUGCCACGUCGCAGGAAGUCCGUCGGACAAAAUUAUCAACACUUUUUAUUAAUCUUAUCAGUGACCCUUCACGAUGGGUCCGCCAAGCUGCCUUUCAGUCCCUGGGGCCUUUUAUAUCAACAUUUGCAAACCCGUCCAACAGUGGCCAGUUUUUUAAAGAAGAGGAAUGUAAAAACACUGAGGACCAGAAUUUUGCUGAGGAGAAUAGCAAUGAAAGAAUGGUGGGCGCAGAAGAAAUUCCAACCCAUGAUGUACAAAGCCAGACAGAGCUGCUUUUAGAUGAGGAGGAGGAUGAGGAUGAAGUGACCGAUUCUGCAGAGAUCCUUAAAAAUGACAAGGAAGAGAGUAACUCUGCAUUGACUGAUUCCCAGGCUGAGGCAUUCUUACAUUGCACUUUGUCUCCAGAGUCAUGUAAAGAAACUGAACGCUUGAAUGAACAGUGUUUGGAUUGCUGUAGCAUAGCAGAGCUACCAACACCUGCACUAAGUUCCAAGGAAAAUGCCCUUUCGGAGCAGGAGCUAUAUAAUUCAUUCCAUUUUUGGAGGACUCCACUUCCUAAAAUAGAUAUUGAUUUAGAGCUUCAGGAACCUGCAAAGGUACUUGAUUCAGAAACUCAGAAAAGAGAACAAAAGGUGGUUGCAUCCACUUCUUCAAACAUUACCAUGGCUACAAGGAAAGAGCUAGAAGAAAUGAUAGAAAAUUUGGAGCCUCAUAUGGAUGAUCCUGACGUUAAAGCACAAGUGGAGGUGCUCUCUGCUGCCCUCCGGGCCUCAAGUCUAGAUCCUCAGGAAGAAGCUGCCACAGGCAUUGUCCAGUUAGUGGAUUGCCAGAGUGAAUUGAACAUCAAAGACCAGCUGAACUGUCAGUUAAUUCAGAAUAGUGCAGUGCCUUUAAUCAAUGAUGCUGUUGAGGACAUUGUAGAGUCUGCUCUUCGUUACAUUCAUCAUGAUUCUGAUUUAAGUACUAACAGUAGCUUCAGCCCUGAAGAGGAGAAAAAAUCCAAAAUUCAGGACGUUGUACCUCAGGCCUUGCUGGACCAGUAUUUAUCCAUGACAGAUCCCUCUCGAGCCCAGACUGUUGAUACUGAAAUUGCAAAACACUGUGCCUAUAGCCUUCCAGGUGUGGCUCUGACCCUAGGUAGACAGAACUGGCACUGUCUCAAAGAUACCUAUGAGACUCUCGCCUCCGAUAUGCAGUGGAAAGUUCGAAGAACACUAGCAUUCUCAAUACAUGAACUUGCUGUCAUCCUUGGAGACCAGCUUACAGCUGGGGAUCUGGUUCCAGUCUUUAAUGGCUUCUUAAAGGACCUGGAUGAAGUCAGGAUUGGUGUUCUUAAGCAUCUGCAUGAUUUUCUGAAGCUUCUUCACCCUGACAAAAGGCGAGAAUAUCUUUAUCAGCUUCAGGAAUUCUUAGUCACGGAUAACAGCAGAAACUGGCGUUUCCGAGCCGAGCUUGCAGAGCAACUGAUCUUACUUCUAGAUCUCUACAGUGCCAGAGACAUAUAUGAUUACCUCCGACCUAUUGCUCUUAGCCUUUGUGCAGACAAGGUCUCAUCUGUUCGUUGGAUCUCCUACAAGCUGGUUAGUGAAAUGGUAAAGAAGCUAUAUAAUGAUCCAACGUCAACAUUUGUGGUCGACCUCAUGAAUGAAUUAGUUGAAAGAUUCUGCAGAUGUCCCAAAUGGUCUGGUCGCCAGACAUUUGUUUUUAUAUGUCAGACUAUUAUAGAGGACGAUUGUUUGCCAAUGGACAUGUUUGCGGAGCAUCUGCUGCCCCAUUUACUGCACUUGGCCUCAGAUAGAGUUCCCAAUGUUAGAGUUCUGCUUGCAAAAACCUUGAGGCAAACGCUUCUGGAGAAAGAUUAUUUCCUAAUCUGUGUCAAUUCCCAUCAAGAAGCAGUGGAACAGACAAUCGUGGCCCUCCAAAUGGAUAAUGACAAUGAUGUGAAGUACUUUGCAAGCAUCCAUCCUGCCAGUACCAAAAUGGCAGACGACGCUAUGAGCACGGCCUCUUCAACUUACUAAAGAAGAUGCUGAAUGUUACUUUCGUUUUAAUAAAAGAAGCCCAAAAGCAUUACAAAAUCACAGGCAAACCUCAGGUGCUCCCAAAAUGGAUGACCGAAACCUCUUUUUUUUUAUGGAGGGCAGAAUCUCUUGCCAGACUUUUCACUUCACUUCAAUUUUAUCUGAACCUGAGACCAAGAAUUUAGAGUCAAGAGAAAAUAAUAAAUAAACAAACAUUACACGUUGAAUCUUGACUCUAGAAAAAACUUUGCUCAGAGGAUUGUAUUUGCCACCGGAGCCUUAAAUCUUCUGUCUUCCUGAAUAUGUGAAACUUGAAUUGGCUGAGCAUUUUCAGUAUAGAAGGGAUAUGACCGGCAUUUGUUACCUCCUGAGGAGUUAACUUAGAAAGCUUUUUUUUUCCUUAGGAACCAAUAGCAGAAAUUCUCACAACCUGUAAAGGAUGGAUUUGUACCAAGAAGCAAGAGACACCUCCAGUAUUAAAAAUUAAAGUUUUUAUCCUUGAAAAAGACUUAAUUUGUGUGCAGCUGAGCACAUCCUUAAGUGUGAAUAGGUUUGGUGUGUGUAAAUGAGGGAAAAGUAGAGAUUUGGUGUUUUUUUUUUCACCUUAAGGGCUCAGUGCUAACACUAAACUGGAAUCUUGAUUUUAAUCCUUAAUACACAGCAUAUUGCUGUACCCAUUCGCAGAAAUUUCCGCUGAGUACCUGUGUCCUAAUGUGUUUUUUUUCAUGCUGGUCAUGACCUGAAGGAAACUUUUAUUAGCACAUGUACUUCAAGUCAGGUAUUUUUAACUUGAUCAUGAUCAGCUCCGAGGUGCAACUUUUUCAUCAUACAAUGUACAUAUCUGCGGCCACUCUCAGGAGUGCUGCAGUCUUUAAUCAUGCGAUUUCAAACUGUUGUGUUAAAAUGUUCUGUCGUCCAAAUAAAAAAAAUUCUUAAUAAGA